AUGGAGAAUGGCAUUCGCGUGCUAGUCACGGUAGGCAGCACACGCUUCGAUGCAUUGGUCGAUGCAGUGACUGGAAAAAAGUGCCUGGAUGCAAUUGGCGCGUUGAAUGCAAACGCAGACUGCACUGGAACGCCGACGUUAUUUUUGCAGUACGGCCGUAGCCCACUAUCGAUCCCUGCGCACGCUACGCCAUGCACCUAUUUUGCUACCGAUGCGCUCCGAUACAGUGUGUGUGGCGUCGAGGUGGUGGCGUUCACAUAUACUCCAACGCUGCGCGCGUUUCUCGAGGACGCGUACGCAGUCGUUUCGCAUGCAGGCGCCGGCACGCUCCUCGAAGCACUGCGCGCCAAGAACAGCCCUCGCAUUCUCGUCGUGCCGAACCCCACGCUCAUGGACAACCACCAGGACGAGCUCGCAGGCGCGCUAGCACCAACCUAUGUCGCUAUUGGCCACCUUGCAGCGCUGAGCGAUGAUCUAUGCAGCUUAUCGCAGCAUCCGUUUAUGCCGUUCCCCCUCCCGCCCCCAGACGCGCUGCACAAAGUGCUGCAGCGCACGCUCCGAAUGGACCCGGACAGUGCCAAGAGCGGUCCCAGCAAAGGACCCCUCGGGGUCCCAUUUUUCAAGUCCUUCCAGUCACGCUCGGCGCCAUCGAAGGGGCAGCCGCCGGCGCUUGCCAAGGGCGACGUGCCGUCUGGCGUGCCAACGAAGCUGGACGACAUGUAUCAUAGCACAGAAUUCUUACUCGCAAACAAAGCGUCAGAAGCGGAGCAGCUUGCAAGGACACAAACCUUGGUUGAUACGCUACAUGCGAAUACAGUGGAAGGUGCAUCGAUGCUCGAUCCAUUGAUCGCCACGCCGCUUGUCUCUUCGUUGAUGAUUCUCUGCGUGCGGCUUUUGCACGAGGAGUACUCUCUCGAUGUGCGCCUUAAAGCAUGCGAUAUACUUGCCGCGACACUGCAAUUUGCAGAGGCGAGUACCGCGAGCAGCGCCGCGGCAAAAGACGCGAGCAUGUCCACAGGUGGGGAUGCAGUGCUGCCGACGCAAGUGCUCGGUACGCUUGACCGUGCAUUGCUCUUCAGAUUGGUGGUUCAGCUCCGCAAUCCAGACUACUGGGACGAUGCGUCGCUCAUUGAGCAUCCUCGUCCUGCGCUGCAUAUUUUGGCACACCAGCUCAACGCGCUCAAAGCACUCACGCGCGAAGGGCGCGACUUGCUUCCAUUUCGCGACUUGAUUGUUGUCCUCACCGAAUGGCUUUCGCGCGCGUGGGGCUGUAUGUUUAUGCUGCGCAAGAAAGUUGCCAAACUGACCAUGUCGCCUUCCGACGCGCUCUCCCAAGCGCUGCACGCGAACGAGCGGUGUGCUUAUGCGCUUCUGCAGCUCUUGACCGCGGUGACAAAAUUCAAUGCGUCACGCAUUUCGGCCAAGGCGCUCAAAGAAGCCAUAUUUUGUGUCACCUCGCUACUCUUGAACCCCGACAUGCCGACGGUCCAAGAGUCGCGCGCGAAAAAGCCCGCCGCGUCGCCAGAAGACGCGCUGGACACUGCUGGCUAUACGUACUAUGGCCUCGAGCAAAUGAGCCCCUAUUUCAACACGCCCAAGAUAGGUGCGACGAAAACAUCUACCGAUAUGGGCAAGCGCGGGAAUGCGAACGCCGCCAUUGCCGACGGCCCCAGCACCGACGAAUUUAUCGCCACAAUUCACGAUACCGAUCUGCCUGAACUUAAAGAAACCGAGGUACAUCUUAUUCUCAAGAUGCUCGACACAGCCGUAUGUUUUGCCUUUAUCCCAACGCCAUGCAUUCCCGCCGUGGUCUACACACUGAGCCGCGCCAUGGGUCUUCCUGCACUGCGUGUCGACGUCGAUUCGCUCCUCGUCACCCUCCAAUUCCGGCGCGAUGGCAUCCAAGGCGAUAUGUGGAACGUUAUGUCCAACCUUUUGCGAAGCCACUCGGCCAUUUCCGUACUGCGCACUGCCUACUUUCUUUUGCGCCCCAAAGAUACCUUGGACCCUGGCAGUGGGUACCCAACGCCCAUCGCUGACGACGGCAAAGUGCAGCCGUCGAUCUUGCUGGGUGCGAUGCUUUUGCUGCACGCCGCGCUGAUCCGCGCCGCCGAAGACCGCCUGGAAAACGGGCUGAAAGUUGUGCGUACAGCGACUAAAUUGGACGAAGGCACCGUCGCGAUGCUCUCCCUUCCUGCCGUCGCUGCAGCCGUGCAAGGCGGGCUGCAAAAAGAGCUGCCGAUCCUUGACCUGAUUAUCGUGCUCAUGCUCGACGACUACCUGCCCGAGCGCCAAGUGGAUAUGAAUGCGCGCGUAGACCCUGUCUUGGCGCCACGCGUGCGGCAAGCGCCGAUUCCCCUCUGCACGCUUUUCCGCGACAAUGACGUGGAAGCGGACUGGGACUUGAUGCUGGACCUGCACGUCCUCGCAAAGCGCCACAUGGCGCUGUGGCGCGCCUCGCUGGGUGCGAAGCCAUCUGCAAGCACCAAAGUCUCGCCCAUGGUCAUCCAUGUUUUGGUAGAGAUCUUGAGCAGCAUACCUGCGCGGCCAGAACAGCGCGACUCGCAAGAUGCGCUUCCCUUGUGGGACAAGUCGGUUGCGUCCAUGCCGCACCUUGCCUCGCUGUUUUGGCCGCUCGCGCCAUUGCUGCCCGAUAGCGUCAUGGUGGAUAUGGUACAGCAAAAUCGAAUCCACCAUGCAUACGUGCCGUCUUCGCCCAACUGGCUGGACAAUACGAAGGAAUUGGUCAACACUUUCUUCCCUUCCGUCCCACUCCAAGCCAAGGACGGAUCGCUGACAUCUGCGCCCAUGACGCGGUACGAAGUGAUUCGACUGAUCAGCACCAUGUACAACACAGUUCAGGACAUGCCGCAGUACCGCAGCGAAAUGAUCGAGCACAUUGUCGUGCCACUUGUGGAGCGUGCGUUGCCCACAGAGCAUAGCAUCGACACAGAAACCAUGCUCCGCACCAUGCUUUGUCACGCCGCGACGGUGUCUGCCACGGAUGCGCGCAUCGGGCACGGCCGUCCAUUUUCGCGCCUCCGGCAAGCGCUGGUGACCACCAUUCAAAUUGCAGAAGGCGCCGACAUCAUUUCGGAUCGAAAACUCGCGCGCGCACAGCAUUCGCGGCAGAUGAGCAUGGGCCCCAGCAGCAAGAGCGACGUGCGCGAUAUGCGGACCCGAAUCCAGCGUGCGAUUCGGUCUAUUGGCGACAUGAUUACCAUCUUUUACCAGCUGUCGUUUGUGAUGCCAAACGCCACGGCGAUGCUGGAAAUCGACAUGGAAAAUGCGCCGAAAAUGCAGGCGCGCGCACGCGAAUGUACCUUGGCGCUCUUCCGCGACUUGCUGAUGCUGCUGCAGUGCAAUGCCUCGUUUGACACGGCCAUUCCCGGCAUGGCGCUGCACGACACAUCAGAGACGGCAGAACUGCGCGCAUCAACGCUGCAUACAACGCACGUACCUGCGAGUGUGCGCAUCGUCAUCCUGCAGUGGGUCAUGCGCCUCCGUGCGGAUCGGCACCACCGCAUUUUCUUUGUGCACGACAUGGACGAAGAGAUCAUGCCGAUUGCCCAGCUGUUUGGCCGCGUCGAGGAGAUGGAGGAGGACGGCGUGCACACAUCCAAACGUACUUUGCGCAGCGAUCAGCACGAAGACAGAUCGCGAGAGCGCGGCAGAGCGCGGUCCUUGGAGCGCGACCGACCCGAGCAGUUGAACAGUGCGGCGCAGUCGCGUGAAGAGCGCGAAAUAAGUGCGAGUCGCGGCGCACCCCAAGAACCCGAGUCCAUGCUGUGGAGUGUGCCAGAGACGAUCCAAGUGCCGCUGCCGAACGAUGCAUGGCCGAGCAUUCUUUGGCAGGUGUAUGCGCACCAGCACAAUGAGAAUGAGCUGCCCGAGCACCGGCCCAGCAGCGACGAGCCGCUCGUCUUCCCCACCUCGGAGUAUCUUGGUGUCCUUAUAUCCUUAUUACAAUCGGAAUCAAACUGGGAAAUUGUCUCCUACAUUAUCACGCACCUUCCCAUCCAGCUGAGCAACAAGCACUGUUUCUGCGGCCCGAAUACCCGACAGCAAAUUACUGCGAUGCACAAUGUCCUUUGCACGCUCAUCCUCCAGCAAAAACAAUUUCCCAACCUCGUUUUUCCCGAAGGGAUCAAGCGCACCGACAUGUACGCGGCGAUUUACGCAACGCUGCAGGUUUUGAUCAGCUACCGCUUGCUUCUUUCGCGCACACAGCACGACGAGCUGGUAGAGUCUUUUAUUAUGGGGCUUACCAAGUCGCAAAACACAGCGCAGCCGUGCAUCCGCGCUCUUGUCAGCUCGUGCUACGAGCUGCAAAAGUCAUUCACGCGGCUUGUUCCGGGCAUGCUGAUGAAACUCUCGACCAUUAUGUCGUCUAUGACGAUGAGUGUGCACAUCUUGGAGCUGAUGAACGAAAUCAGCAGCUUUCCCACGCUGUACGCCAACUUUACCGAGGCCGAGUACAAGCGCCUGUUUGGCAUUGCUUUGCAGUACAUCCAGUAUCACCAGAGCGACGCUGCUAAUGCGCGUGAAGAUAUCAAAGCGAGUCCUGCCAAGUUUUCGCUCUCGCAAUACGUCAUGAUGCUUGCGUACAGCAACAUUGCUCAAUGGUUCAUGUCGCUGCGUGUCGCCGAUCGGCCCAAACACAUUGCCUACAUCACGCGAGGACUCAUGCUUGCCAGCGAAGGCAGGGAUGCGCUCCCGGAUCAAACGCUUGUCUGCCUUGAUUUCCUCGCGCGCGUGGCAUACAGCAAUGUAGAAUCCAAACCCACCCGCUCCUUGAUCCGCUUCAUGGUCACCGACGCGGAGCGGCCGUUUAUGCAAAAGAGCACGUCGAGUGCGGAAAGGACGCAAACGUGGCUCAUGGGCAAGGGAUUGGUCACGAUUUGCUCGCUCAAGCGCACGGGCUGGUUUGAAUUGCUCGUCCGACGGCCGUCUGGUGCCAUGUCACUGGUGGCCAAGCUGGAAAACGAGCCUUCUGUGACGCUGGUAGACGAAGAGCGGGCAGCGCAGAUGCUGCCGCUAACGCUGCAGCGCACUCGGGAGGUGAGCACACUUAAGCACCCGCCUCGCUUCGUCCCUUCGCCGCUAGCGUACGCUGAGUUUUACAAGGACAGGCAGAGUGAACUACGGAGAAUGUUUCCCGGGUCGCUUGCACCGCGCAAGGAGGAGCCAGAGCCCGACGCGGCGCAACGUAUGGGGACGCCCAGUAGCGGUUCUCCUUCGGUAGGCACGGGCGAGCCGUCGAGCCCUGCUCGGAAACGAGAAAGUGUGCUGCACCCUGCCUACAUUGCGCUCCAGCUCAGCGCAUACCCUGACAUGGUCGUCGACAAAGCGCCGCUUUUGCUUCCGUCAGAUGCGUCGACCGACCGCUUGCUUCGUGCGAUUGACUUGACGCCCGUCUACGAUUUCCAUAAGAUUGGCGUCUUGUACGUUGGGUACGGCCAGGCGACCGAGGCAGAGAUCCUUAGCAACACGCAUGGAUCCUCGGCGUACAUGAAAUUCUUGUCGGGUCUUGGCGAUUUGAUUCCCUUACAAGGACAAGAAGAUGUGUACACCGGCGGACUGGACCGCAAAUCGGACGAGCAUGGCAAGUAUGCGUACGCAUGGAAAGACAGCAUUAAACAAAUUGUGUUCCACACGGCGAGUCUCAUGCCGAACCGGCCGAACGAUCCCAAUUGCUCCGCUAAAAAGGCGCUCAUUGGCAACGAUUGGGUGCACAUUGUUUUUAACGAGUCAAACAUGCCCUAUCGCUUUGGCACCAUCCCCAGCCAGUUCAACUUUGUCAAUAUCGUGAUUUCCCCACACACAACUCUGCGUAAUGGAAUUGAUGCGUAUGAGGUAAACGACGACAUGUUUUUCCGUGUGCAUCUCCAGCGGCGCUCAGGCUUGCCCGACUUUUCCGCCGUCGGCGAAGGCAAGUUGGUAUCGUUUGCGGCGCUGCCCAAAUUUGUGCGCAACCUUGCGAUGCUUUGCGACCGGAUGAGCCAGAUUUACUUGGACACGGGCGAAUCUAUGGUGCCGUAUACAAGCAAUUGGGUCACACGGUUGCAUCACGUCGAGCGAUUCCGGGUACAAUUGGAAAAGAAGCGCGCAGAGCAAGCGCAGGGUGUAGAGCCAGACAGCGCUGAGGCGCGCGACUUUACACGAAUGUUUGAUAUACAAUAA